AUGCCACCCAGGCGAGGUCGUGGCGGCAACGCGGGAGGAGGCACUCCGUCCCCAGCGCCGGACAGCAGACCGAGGGCUCAGAGGACUCCAGGGCCGAGUAGAUUCAGUACCUCCUAUGGGUCCCCCGCGAUGUUGACUGCUGGUCGCAGUACCACGUCAUCCUCGAUAGGCGGCAUUGGAAAUGCCUUGAGGAACGUGCAGAACGCCACCUCAGCCGACAGACGGACCAGAGCAGCUCAACAGGCUGCCGAGGGCGGCAACCAGGGCGCGCGACCCCCUCCCAACCAGGGACCGGCGGCUCCUCUUGACCAAGGUCCAGCGCCUCCUCCCAAUCAGGGGCCAGUGGUUCCUCCUGUCGCACAGAAAACCGCGGGGCCGGCGACCAACAAUCAACAAAACCCAGCUGGGAGCAGAGCCCAAACCGUCCAGCCACAGCGCCAACGCCCAGACUCUGGCACUGGCAAUCGCAGAUAUUCUCGAUACAUGUCAGCACCGCUUCACUCUGAUACCCCGUCCAUGAGAAGCUUUAUCGAGGAGAGCGAGAUCUUCCAUGGUGCAGAUGUUGGAACACCUACACCGGGCCGGAAUCGUGCACCUGUGAUUUCAAAUCGACCAAAUCAAGGACCCAACUUUGGACCACUCACGGCCGAUGCGCCGUCUGAUGGAUCUGACGGUUCUGAUUUCAUUGAUGACGACGACGACGAGGAUCCACUAAACCGUGACACGCCCCGUAGUACGAGGAGUCGCAGAGACUCAGCGACGACCCCACAGUCCCAAUCGCGGCCGCCACCGAGCUACCAAGCCGUUAGCUGGGCAGACCGCUUUACACAGCGUGGAGGAUUUGGGACAGCUACCCAGGCUUCUAACCAAACUGGCACUGCUACACAAACCGGCACUCAAGGAGCACGUUCAGACCAGACCUUUAAUCCUUUUCAGUCGCCCCCAAGUGCUACACGAGACAGUGUGCUGGAGGACCUACGACCGGGGGACCGGGUACUGGAUCUGACAUCGGAGGUCUUGGUACAAGAGGACCCGGAACUGGACCUACCACCGGAGGACCUGGUACUGGAUCUGGUACUAGAUCACCGGGUAUUAGGCCUGGUACUGGAGGUCCUGCCUUUGGAGGUCCUGGCGCUGGAGGACCCGGUACUGGUCUCGGUACUGGUCUCAGCACUGGAGGGCCCGGUACCGGAGGACCUGGUUCUGGGAAUGCCACGGCGCCUCCUGUUCAAGGACCGGGAGGGCCGCAAGGAACGCCAGGUCCGCCGGGUCAGCAGGGAGCAGCCGGACUGCCCGGUUUGCAGGGGCAGCCAGGCCCACAAGGACAAGCCGGACCUCAAGGACAACCAGGAGCCCAAGGACAGCCCGGGCCUCCAGGACAGCCUGGUCCUCAAGGACUACCCGGACAGCAGGGUCCACAGGGGCCGCAAGGACCGCAAGGACCGCAAGGGCCGCAAGGGCCGCAGGGGCCGCCAGGGCUGGCGAACAAUGGCGCCAUAA